UUCCAGCGUCAUUUCAUCCCUACGUACACAUCAGGGCUGUCCAAACUGCAGCCCGAGGGCCUUUUGUGCCGCACGGCUGUUUUUUUUUUUAUUGGCCCGCGGCACAUUCUAAAAAUACAAUUUAACAAGAUUUUAUUUUAAAAAGCAAUUUAAAAUCAGCAGUAAUUUUACAAGAAUAAAGUCAAAAUAUUAAGACAAAGUUGUAAUGAAGAAUAAUGUAACAUUAUGAGGGGAAAUGAACAUUUUAGUAGCGGAAAGUUGAAAUAUUCAGCAUUUUUUUAAGGUCAUAUGAGAAACAAAGCAAAAUGUAAUUUUUGGAAAAUUGUGUUGGGCAAAAGUUACAUUAUGAUGGCAGCAAAGUAAAAAAAAAAAAAAAGGUCGAAAUAGUUGGAAAAGUAAAAAAAAACCCAGCUAAUUUUACAAGAAUAAAGUAAAAAAAAAGUCAAAGGAAAAAUGUUAUUUUAGUAGUAGAGUUGAAAUAUUAAAUUUUUUUUUUCAGUCAUGAGAAACAUUUAAAUUUAAAAUGACCUUUGAGAAGUUACACAGUAAUGUUAUGGCAAAGUCAUAUUACCAAAGAAAAUAUCUAAGAUGCAUGUUGAAAUAUUUGAAAAAUAACAGCAAAAAUGGGAGGAAAAAAGCGAGAAGUUUUUUCACUUUUUUCACCUACAGUAUACCACAAAGCUGAGAUGAGGUGUUUUUCUUGAAAUAUAUCACUUCUUGGCACAUCUGCUGCUUUACAAAAUGUCAAAGUAGCCCUUGCAUCCUUUGUGUGGCUCCCCAAAGAACUGUCUUGGUAAUAGUGCCAUCCCUUGGAGGUCCUGUGAACUGGUCCUUUUGUGGCCUCCCUGACACAUGGUCAUGCAGCUGCUGACAUUAUCUGUUACAUGGAAAAGACGAUAGGCUUUGGUGUCACAGGGAAUGGCAUGCAGGCUAUGCGCGCCAUUCCAUGUCAGGCCUGCGCUUUGCUCUUACAUAUGUACCACGGGGAACAUGCUGAGAUCUUUAGGAAUAAUGCUACAAUGGACAGCUGAGAAUGGGUUGAGGGGUGGGGGCUUCAGGUGCAGGUGAUGUGUCAUUGUGGAGGAUCCAUGGAUGUGUUUUGGUGAAGUUGUUGAAGGCUGCACGAGAAAAAGUGCCACUGCAAGAGCCCUGUCAUUGCUCUCCAGUGACAAGCGGGCCUGUUUUUACACCUUCUUUCUAAAUAAGGAAGCAGCCUGACAGACAUAUGACCACCCACCCAAUUUGGGAGCAGCCUGAGUGCCCCCCACUCCCCCACCUCUUCCCAGGCCUGACAAGACAUUGAAGCCUCCAUGCAGAGUUAGUGCUCCCCUGCCGCCAUCAGUGAGGAUGCUGGGCCCGGCCUGAGAGUCUUUCUUCUUGCUUCUGCUGCACGCCGGAGGAUUUCUUCCAGGUCUUCUUGGAGAGAGAGCAAGUGCGUGUGUGAGGGGAGAGAGAGAGGCGUGGAGGAGCUGCAAAACAUGGUAAUCACCAGCAGCAGCACCAGCACCAUCACCUCCAGCGUCUCCUCUCCUCCUCUGCACCGGGGCUUGCGUUUCAUGCCCUGCACGGCCCUCAUCUGCGCUCCAGAAAUAACCCUGAGCCAGCAUGCCGACGGGAGAAAAACAAGAAGAGCGGUAUUUUUAGCCUCAUUAAUUUGGACCACGUGGUCUGAAGGUAAACCGGAUGGCCGGAGCUCACAGGCUCCUCGUCAGUAUGUCCUGCGAGGCCGGCGGCACGCCGCACCGGACGCUGACCGCGGCGGUUCUCUUGAGCCUGCUGCUGGGCUUCGUGUCGGCGCACCCGCUGCCGAGCGGCCGGACGAACGCCACCUUGCUGGAGAAGCGAUGGGAGACGCUCUUCUCCCGCUCCGUGCUCGGGAUCUCCGGGGAGAAGCCGGAGCUCAACUGGGAGAGUGACUACCUGCUGGGCAUCAAGAGGGUGCGGAGGCUCUACUGCAACGUGGGCAUCGGCUUCCACCUCCAGAUCCUCCCCGAUGGAAGGAUCAACGGUGUGCACCAUGAGAACCAGUACAGUCUGAUUGAGAUCUCCACAGUGGAGAGAGGAGUGGUGAGCCUGUAUGGAGUCAAGAGUGACUUGUAUGUCGCCAUGAACAGACGAGGGAGGUUGUAUGGGACGACAGUUUUCCACGACGAAUGCAAGUUCCAAGAGCGGCUUCUCCCCAACAACUACAACGCCUACGAGUCGCUGGCGUACAGAGGCUCCUUCGUGGCACUCAGCAAGCACGGCCGCGUGAAAAGGGGCAACAAGGCCACCACGGCCAUGACUGUAACGCACUUCCUCCCCCGAAUAUGACCCUGAGCAAAGACUGGCAAUAACACUCUUAUUUGCACAUGUGGAUUCUUUCCCAGGUAACUUCAACACCGUAUACAUACUGUACAUCCAAAAACGAAACAGAACGGACUGUCAUAGAAAGAAUAUGUGAUAGUAUUUAUUCAGACUUUAUAUGUAUAUUUGGGUAGCUUACUUUGUAUUAGAAAUGAUGAAAUGCCUUUCUUUGCUGCUUUUUGUUGGGAUUGACACCAAUUUGUGAUGGGGAUAGAGAGAGGCUUCAAUGGUCCCCUCAGUUUUGACUGUAUGGGUGCUUGCUGAAGUCCAUGCAGUGCUUGCCCUGUCAGCUCGUGAUAGUUGUAUUACCUCAAAGCACCGAAAUCCUGAGGUGACGAAACUGAAAAAUAUACAUGCAUGAAACUACUACAGAGUAUAAAAAAAACAAAACAAAACAAAACAAAACAAAAGCCUGUGAACUGAUGACGUUUUUGUUGUGCACCAUCUUUGUUUGCUGGAGCUUGUCUCUCUGACAGGGCAACCAAAGCACUUGCAAAUAUGGCGGUGGUUGUUCUUGCUUUGUCAUGAGGUAGCGGUGCCUUGAAUUCCUAUUGUGCCCCCCCCCCCACACACACACACUACCCGCUCCCCCCCUUGCAUGCGAGAAACGUUGGUGCUCGAGUCAGAAAUAGGAAUGAGACAAGUCAUCACUCCCUCAGACACCACCGCUGGGUCUUUAGCCCCAUUCCUGGGGGGGCCAGACGUUUCCCCGCUCAGUCCCCCCCGGAAUUAGAUAAAGAAAGUUACGUUACUGCGGACGUGAUGCAGUGAAGUCUUUUGUUCAUACGUCACUACUUAAAGAGAGCACUCGGGCCCCGAAGGGAGCUUUGACAAUCCCACAAAUAAGUUUAUCAGGCCGGACUGACUGACUGACUGAGUGUGUGCGUGUGUGUGUGUGUGUGUGUGUGUGUGGUCAUGGCAUACUUACAAGUGUGAACAAAACUAUUUUUCACUCAGCGUGGUGCAUUUGGACAAAAAGUGACAAUGGGAGCUCUUUUGUUGUGGCACUUAAAAGUCUUCAUGCAGGAAGUAGUGGUGUGGAUGCUACUGCUGUUUAGUCAGUUCACUGUUAAUGAGGGUCUGCUUUGAAGGACAUCAGGAUUCUACACUUCAGGUACCUCAGUCUCUCGCUUUUUAGACUGUGUUUAUUGUGGAUGGAAGUAUUUAUGCAAAUUGGUCAGAGAGGAUGUAGCAGACUUUGCUUGAAUGCAACACUUUGAAAUACUGUGUGAUCCAGUGCGGGGACGGGACGGGGCAGAGGUUGAUGCACUGAGGUGGACUUAUAAGGGACUGUGCAUGCGGCCGCCAUUGUUGCUUUAACUUGGCGAGGAUGCCAAUAAUGUGGGCUAACAUAGCUGAGCCACCAUGCACAAGUGGGCCCCAUCCAUCAGAGCCAUUUGUGUACCAAGGCUGGAGGUGCUGACGUUUCAGUGUCUGGUUACUGACGUUUAGGUGUUUUCUUCUUUCGACCUUGGUCUUUGAUCAAGACGACAAGGUGCUCUCGUGUUCUCUCGUGUGCAAUGAAGCAAGCUUGUCACGACGUAUUUUUGAUGCUGCUGAAACGAGGUGCGAUCGAUGUUAACUUUUAGUGCAGUGGAACCCCAAAGUUCAACGGUUUGCCCGUCAAAACAUUCGUAAUUCAAACUUAAUUUUGAAGAAAACCGUGCUUCUAAAGUUCCAUCUUGUCCUAUGAGACCUCAGUGCACUGAACAUAUAUUCUCUGCUUUUUCUUGAGCUUUUUUUCUGAUAUGUGAUGAUGACCAUUGUGACCGCAGUGAUGUCCAUCCGAGCAGACGCUGACUCAGCUAUGUUUUUAUAUAUUUUUUUCAAACAGUGCGUGUCACACAGCUAGUUAAACAUUAGCCUAUCAGAAAAGCCAUUCAUUGCUGUCUUCAUCUUCCUCCUCCACACUAAAACCACUGGUCGUCCUCUUCAGUGUCGGAAUAGAACAGCCUCAUAAUUCCUUCAUCACACAUUUUGUCAGUUCCUCGCUUUCGUUGUUGUCACUUUCGUCUCAAGGCAAAUUAGCCCUUGAGCUUGUGCUAUCCUCUUCAUCACACAGAAGUUCGACCUUUUGAAACCUGCUGGUGAUAGUGAAUUUUUCGACACUGCUCCACGAUGUCAGGAUCCACUGAGAAAACGCCUUUAACUUGAAAGCUGCAUAUGCAUUUCUUUGUGCGUUUUCCAUGAUGGGGGUGUUUACAUGAAACGCAACAUGGCUGUUCUGAAGUAUAUGAGAUGUCGUGAGAUUAGAACGUGACCAUAAAUUAGCCGCAUUGCUGUAUAAGAUGCAGGGUUCAAAGCGUAGCGGCUUAUACACCGGAAAUUAUGGUACUAUUACAGUGGAACCUGUUUUAAGAUGGUCCCAUUUAUGUCGACAACCCAUCUAUGUGGACCAACCGCUCAAUUCAAACUACGUUUCUCUUGUUACUAAAAAGUUAGACUGCUUUUAUUAACAUAAAAUUUUAGACCCAAAGCGGUCAUUUCUAUGUCGACGAGUGUCAUCAUUACUCUACCGCUCACGUGUUUUUUGCAAAAGCAGAUUUGUGUUCAUGUGCGAUCAAUGUGCAAGCAAUGGCUAGUUCCGGUUAUGUCGACAAAUGCUUAUGUCCUCUUUGAGCAUGUGUAAAUAAAAGCCCAUGGCCACGAUAUGAGGAAACACUUCUUGUUUAACAGUGAUGAACUUAUUUUUACAUUUGUGAGGCACACUUGUGUUCUCUUGAACAGAUCUUUUCUUUUUUUUACGGUGGAAUCUUGGAUAGCGUCAUAAAUUUGUUCCAUGAGGUCUGACUCUAACCAAAACGGAUGUUAAACGAAUCCAUUUUUCCCAUAAGAAAUCAUGUAAAUCCAAUGAAUCCGUUCCAAAAAGCCAACAAUGUAACACGCACACACAAAAAAACAAUUUAAAAUGUGUAUAAAUACAUAAAAAUGAUGAAUGAAAGGGAUAAAUGGGAAAAUGGGAAGGUGGUGGUGGUGGUGCCACACCGUGACUUUGAGAAGAGUCACGUCUUCAAUGAAGGUAAAAGAAACCUUAAAUGCUUAUUUAUUUUAUUUAUUUAAAGUGUUUUGUGUUAACCGCCGAUGACAUCAUAACAUAGCUUACUUCCAUUUCUGGUUGCCAUUUUGUUUAGCUAGCAAAUAGCUAACAGGGAAGGAUGUUUUGCGUAGGGAUGUCCCAAUCCACAUUUUUUGGCUUCCUAUCCGAUACGAUUUUUAAAAUAGUUUUGCCGAUCCAAUCGGGUACCGAUCUUCAAAGCAACGGCCCCUGGUAUAAACAGCCAGCGGUUUCUUCCCGUGUGAGCUCCCCGCACCAUGACACAGCAGUCCGGACACAGUGGGGGGGAACUACCGCUGUAGCUAUGGAGCCCAAUAUCCAACGUCUAACGUGAAACUAACUUUCCGCGAACAUGUAUGCAUGGCGGUGUUGCGUUUUCUUCUUCUUGCGGGUGGCGGGAGUCGAGUGGUAACCAGCUUUGAGGCAAAUCACCCCACCUACCGUGUUGGAAUGUGGCCCAGAGUUAUGAACGGCAAUCAGAUCGGCCCAAUGUCGUGGCGGAAUCCGAUUUUAUCGGAUCUUCAAAAUACAGUGGAUCGGCAGCCGAUCCCGAUCCUGAAGAUCGGAUGGGGACAUCCCUAUUUUUGUGGUUUAAAAAAAAAUGCAUUAAGAACACGGUUGGACUCAUGCAGUGUAUUAACAACACGACAAGGUGUACGCUAACCGGAGACAGCAUGCAAACCGAGGCGAAAUUGUUGCGUACAUUUUCAGCAUUAACCGAAAAACACGCUAACCGAGGUUCCACUGUAGGUUUUAUGGUAAAAACUGAAAGAAAUGAAUAAGCAAAGGUGAUCCGGAAUGGACUGUUAUUGACUUUAGAGGUUCCACUGUACUCUGAAUUGUCCGACUUAGAUCUAAGUAGCAAACUAUGAACUAUCAACUGUGUUUUGAAGUAGUCAUCUUUUACCUCAUACGCCGUUUGAAUGUAACAUGCUGUGAGCGGUGGAUUCGGCUCCUGCUCGUGUUUAGUAGCAGAGAUGACUACUACGGCACCUUUAAGGCGAGCGUGGCCAUGCCAGCGCAUGCACGAGUUGCUGGGUUUGUGCCAAAGUGACAGUAGAGGCCAUAUCAAUUGAGCUUGAGUCAGGAAUAACAGGGCAUCGUGAAGGCAAGACAUGGGGGGUAACGCAAGAGUUCGUGGUAGGUAAUGUAAGUAGCUUCCAGGAAGGUUGGCUAGUUAAACACACUGAAUACUGUGAUCCAAGAGAGGCUGAGGAUGUUAAACUGUGAGUAUUAUCACCACUGAUAAAGCUAAAUGUUGGAGGAGUCUAUCACCAUUAUUGUAUUAUUCAUUUUGCCUUUAAAACCCAAUCAGCUGUAGCUUCCCCCCCCCCCUUGAAAUGACUGUGUCUGUGCAAAACUACUAAAAAAAACACUUGCAGUGCAAUGUAGUCAUCAGGGGACAAAUCCCAUCCAAGCAAGCCAAAUUUAAAAGCACUUGUUUUCGGUGGCAAUACUUUCUUGUUUUUGUUAUGGUGUGUCUCACUGUCAGCACAAUGAAGUGAUGGUUGGAGUGUCAAACUGGCAAAAGCAGGAGAAUAACAUGUUAUUAUUAGCAGUGGUGUUGCAUCUAAAGCAACUUUGGCGUCUCAAAGGACGAGAAAGUCUGUCCUGCGUUGCAUGAUAUUGUUUUGAGGCAGACUUUUUUGUGCAGUUUUGCAGUAACUGCGAGAAAGUACUUUGUGGUAAGAAAAAUCACCUCCCCACUUCUUUAAUUCCCUGUUAUUAUAUGCACAAGGAAUUCUGAAUGCUCCCUUUGGAAUAUGCACCCAAAUGUCAGAAUUUUGUCAUCUUGCUGAUCAUCAGCUGCUUUCAACGAUUUAUGUUGGUUCGCAGGGAUCUCAUGUGAGUGAAUGGAUCUGGGAUCAGGCGUGUGCGUGUGCGUGUGUUGUGUGUCCCUGUGUGCCAGCAGCCUUUAUGUUUUCCUCUCAGUUUUCUAUUCCUGCACUGAGGGGAGUGUGCUUCCUCUUGAGUCCCCCUCCUCUUUUUGAACAUAUACCUCACCUUCUGCCUUAGUUCCGAUUAUUGAAAUGAUUGUAAAUUAGUUUGAAACAACAGACUUCUUCAAUCAUUUGUUUCUGAAAAAAAAAAUGACUAGUACGUAAAAAAAAAAAAAUACUAUAUUACAAAUGGGUUUCCUUUUAUUUUUGUACGUAUGUGCUGUGCACAGCAGUCAACUGUAUUCCUGAAAUGAUAAUAAAAGAGAUUUUGUAAAAGCUGUUGUGAUGCCUUCAAGUUCCAUGUUUAAAACGACACGGGAGGUCAAGAAAGAGAGCCGAGUUACACUUUAAAUACACCUGACACAAGAAAGCAACCGUGUGGUCAAUUUAUGCACUUCAACUAUUAAUGA